CCGCGGGACACAACGGGAGAGGCACGAUGACCGAGCAGCAGAGUCCCCCCGAGCAGAUGGUGACUGGGGAGGGCGCUGGUGAACGCGGUGGCAAUUAUAAGAUCACCAUCUAUGAGCUGGAGAACUUCCAGGGCCGCAGGUGCGAGUUGAGCGAGGAGCUCCCCAACGUGGUCGAUAAAGCUCUGGAGAAGGUGGGCUCCAUCCAGGUGGAGUCUGGCCCGUGGCUGGGCUUCGAGCGGCAGGCCUUUGCUGGGGAGCAGUUUGUGCUGGAGAAGGGUGACUACCCGCGCUGGGACUCCUGGUCCAACAGCCACAACAGCGACAGCCUCAUGUCCCUCCGCCCCCUCCAGAUCGACAGCCCCGACCACAAGAUCCACCUCUUUGAGAACGCCGGCUACACCGGGCGCAAGAUGGAGAUUGUGGAUGACGACGUGCCCAGCCUGUGGGCCCACGGCUUCCAGGACCGCGUGGCCAGCGUCCGGGCCCUGAACGGAACGUGGGUGGGCUAUGAGUACCCGGGGUACCGGGGCCGCCAGCACGUCUUUGAGAAGGGCGAGUACCGGCACUGGAACGAGUGGGACGCCAACCAGCCCCUGAUGCAGUCGGUGCGCCGCGUGCGGGACCAGCAGUGGCACCAGCGUGGCUCCUUCGAGAACAGCUGAGCGCCGCGCCGGCCCUGCGACGGGUGGUGGAGAUGCUGCCGCCGGUGCCAUCGGUUUGGUGUUCUUUGUGCAAAAACCUCAAUAAAGCUCUGAGCUGAG